AUGGCUACAUUAUAUAAAUUAGCUAAAGCUCAAAAGGAUGAAGAUAGUGACGAUCAUGAAGAAAAGAAAGUUUCCAAGAACAGACAGAGAGUUCUUGCCUUGUCUUCACGAGGAGUAAAUUAUAGACAGAGACACUUAUUAAAUGACCUUCGUGCUCUCUUGCCUCAUUUUAAGAAAGACUCUAAACUCGAUCAAAAGUGUAAACUUGGAAUCAUUAAUGAACUGGCAGAACUUAAUAAUUGUAAUAAUUGCAUCUUUUUCGAGGUACGAAAACGUCAAGAUCUCUAUAUGUGGACAAGUAAAACCCCUAAUGGUCCAAGCAUUAAAUUUCAUGUCCUAAACAUUCACACGAUGGAUGAGCUCAAGAUGACGGGCAAUUGUCUCAAAGGAUCCCGUCCGAUUCUCUCUUUUGAUAAGACCUUUGAUUCAGAACCUCAUUGGGCAUUAAUUAAAGAAGUUUUUAUUCACAUUUUCGGUGUUCCAAAGAGUGCUCGUCGAAUAAAACCCUUUAUUGAUCAUGUAAUUUCCUUUACAAUUGCCGAUAAUCGUAUAUGGUUUCGUAAUUUUCAGAUAAUCGAAAAAGAUCCGAUGGAACCCAAUAAAAAACCAGAUGAUAAAGAUUUAUCACUUGUAGAGAUAGGACCGCGAUUUGUUCUUAACGUCAUUAGAAUAUUCGAGGGCAGUUUUUGUGGUGCUACUAUAUAUGCAAAUCCAGAAUUUGUUUCACCUAACCAGGUUCGACGUAAUUUUCGUAUGGCUAAAGUUGCACGACAUCAAGCUAGAACGAUGGCAAAAGAAGAAAACCGACGAAAAAUCGCAGAUAUUGAAUUAUCUGAUGAUUUUUCCAGCGAUUCUUCAGACUAA